UUUUAGAAAAUAUUUUUUUAAAAAAUUUAUAUAAUUAUGGGAAACAGUAAUGCUUCUUUAAUGCUUCAAGAAGAAGAAAUUGUUGAUACUGCAAAGGAGACUGGAUGUUUGUUUUUUUAUUUUAUUAAAUUUUAUUUUUUUUUAGUUUCUCGCAACCAAAUUGUUCGUUUGUACAGUCGUUUUCUUUCGUUAGACAGACAAGGCCGUGGUUAUUUGGACCGUGAAGAUUUUCUUCGAAUUCCUGAACUUGCAAUAAAUCCUUUGGGUGAUAGAAUUGUCGAUGCUUUUUUUACUGAUCACGGAGUUAAUGACCCCGAGACUGACGCGCGUAUUAACUUUCGUCAAUUCGUUAAAGUGCUUGCACAUUUUCGUCCAAUGAGUAAAUCAAAGCCUAAUAUUGUUAAUAGUCGAGAACAAAAGUUAAAAUUUGCUUUUUCAAUGUAUGAUUUAAACAAAAAUGGCUAUAUUACACGUGAUGAGUUUAAAUUUAUUUUGAACAUGAUGGUUGGCUCUAAUAUUACACCUGAUCAGCUGGAUAGUAUUGCCGAUCGUACAAUAACUGAAGCAGAUGCUGACAAAGAUGGAAAAAUUUCUUUUGAAGAAUUUUGUAAAGCUAUGGAACGCACUGAUGUUGACCAAAAAAUGUCUAUUCGUUUUCUUAAUUAA